AUGGGAGGCAGCUCCCGCCCCGGGCCUUCCCCUGGUCCGGGGCCUUCUCCUGGGGCUAUGCUGGGGCCCAGCCCUGGGCCCUCACCUGGCUCCUCUGGUCAUUCCCAACCUGGACCAUCUGGAUACACCCAGGACAACGUGCACACUCUGCACAAACCUGUGGAAAGCAUGCAUGACAAGACCACAAAUGAAGAUGGUCGUUACAGUCAGAUGAAGGGUCUGACAAUGAGGCAGGGUGGACACAGUGGCAUGGGCCCCCCUCCCAGUCCUUUGGACCAGCACUCACAAGGUUAUCAUUCUCCUUUAGGUGGUUCGGACCACUCCAGCCCCAUCCCGUCCAAUGGGCCGCCCUCUGGCCCUCUGAUGUCGUCAUCAUCAUCCUCUUCAGGGGGGCUAAGCACCGCCUCUACUCCUCUAGAUGGUGGAGAACAACACUCUCUAGGUCCCACUAAUCGUCCUGGGCCUCCAGGAAGCUCUGGACCAGGUCCCAAUCCUGCUCCAAGUAUUGGCUCCCUGGGACCAGGUCUGGAGCCUGCUGGCCCUUCUGUACCCGGGGGUCCCACUCCCUUCAACCAGAACCAACUUCACCAGCUGCGGGCACAGAUCAUGGCAUACAAGAUGUUGGCUCGUGGCCAGCCUCUUUCUGAACACCUGCAGAUGGCCGUCCAGGGCAAAAGGCCAAUGCCAAGCCUGCCCCCUGGGGCAGGAGGGGGGCCUGGUGUGGGACCACCCGGUCCUAUGGGGCCCAGCUUCAGUCGAGCCCACGGAAUGAUGGGCCCCAACAUGCCUCCCCCUGGUCCUUCAGGAGCACCAUCUGGGAUGCAAGGACAAAACAUGAAUGGACCUCCAAAAUCCUGGCCUGAAGGCCCCAUGGCAAAUGCUGCAGCUCCUUCCAAUGCACCACAGAAGCUGAUCCCACCACAACCGACUGGACGGCCGUCUCCUGCUCCCCCCUCUGUUCCCCCCGCGGCCUCCCCUGUGAUGCCCCCACAGACCCAGUCCCCUGGUCAGCCAGCUCAGCCGAUCCCAAUGAUGCCUUACCAUGCCAAGCAGAACCGCAUCACACCCAUCCAGAAACCGUGUGGCCUGGACCCAGUGGAGAUCUUGCAGGAGAGGGAGUACAGAUUACAGGCUCGUAUCACACACCGAAUAACUGAGCUUGAAAAUCUGCCCGGAUCUCUAGCUGGUGAUCUUCGAACCAAAGCUACUAUUGAACUCAAAGCCCUUCGUCUGCUCAACUUCCAGAGACAGCUGCGGCAAGAAGUGGUGGUGUGCAUGCGCCGCGACACAGCUCUGGAGACCGCUCUUGAUGCUAAAGCCUAUAAGCGGAGCAAACGUCAGUCACUGCGAGAAGCCCGCAUCACUGAGAAACUGGAGAAACAGCAAAAGAUCGAGCAGGAGCGCAAACGGAGGCAGAAGCAUCAGGAGUACCUCAACAGCAUCCUACAACACGCCAAAGACUUCAAAGAGUAUCAUCGUUCGAUCACAGGCAAAAUCCAGAAGCUAACCAAAGCUGUAGCCACGUAUCACGCCAACACGGAGCGCGAGCAGAAGAAGGAGAACGAGCGCAUUGAGAAGGAGAGAAUGAGGAGGCUUAUGGCGGAGGAUGAGGAGGGCUAUCGUAAACUGAUCGACCAGAAGAAAGACAAGCGCCUGGCCUACCUGCUGCAGCAGACCGACGAGUACGUGGCCAACCUCACGGAGCUGGUGCGGGCGCAUAAGGCGGCCCAGGCCCUCAAGGAGAAGAAGAAGCGGAGGAAGAGGAAGAAGAAGCAGAUGGAAAAUGCUGAGGCCGCUCAAGCUCCUCCUCCGACACUUGGACCAGAUGGCGAGCCUCUGGACGAGACGAGUCAGAUGAGUGAUCUCCCGGUCAAAGUCAUCCAUGUAGACAGCGGGAAUAUUCUGUCCGGAGUUGAUGCCCCAAGAGCCGGGCAGCUUGAGACGUGGCUGGAAAUGAACCCGGGUUAUGAGGUGGCUCCGCGCUCCGACAGUGAAGAUAGUGAGGAGGAGGAGGAAGAGGAGACUUCUGUUGGGCUGUUACAGGAUGAAGAAGAAGAGCCUCAGCCCUCGACGGCACAAGUAGAGGAGAAGAAGAUCAGUCACCCAGACUGUGAGGACGUGUCCGAGGUGGACGUGCGGCACAUCAUUGAGAACGCCAAGCAGGAUGUGGACGACGAGUACAGCGGGGCGGCUUUUGAGCGUGGUCUGCAGUCCUACUACGCCGUGGCUCACGCGGUCACGGAGAAAGUGGAAAAACAGUCCACACUUUUGGUCAACGGACAACUCAAACAAUAUCAGAUUAAAGGGCUGGAGUGGCUUGUGUCGCUUUACAAUAAUAAUCUGAAUGGAAUCUUGGCGGAUGAGAUGGGUUUGGGCAAAACUAUCCAAACCAUUGCACUCAUCACUUACCUCAUGGACCACAAGCGGCUCAAUGGACCUUACCUCAUCAUUGUCCCGCUCUCCACUCUUUCCAACUGGGUGUAUGAGUUUGACAAGUGGGCCCCCACAGUCGUCAAAGUAUCGUAUAAGGGGUCACCUGCCGCCAGACGAGCCUUUGUUCCACAGCUACGGAGCGGGAAGUUUAACGUUUUACUCACAACAUACGAGUAUAUCAUCAAAGACAAGCAAGUACUGGCAAAAAUCCGAUGGAAGUACAUGGUUGUGGACGAGGGACACCGUAUGAAGAACCACCACUGUAAACUGACCCAGAUCCUAAACACGCACUACCUGGCCCCUCGCCGCAUCCUGCUCACGGGCACGCCGCUGCAGAACAAGCUGCCCGAGCUCUGGGCCCUGCUCAACUUCCUCCUGCCCACCAUCUUCAAGAGCUGCACCACGUUUGAGCAGUGGUUCAACGCCCCCUUUGCCAUGACUGGAGAGAAGGUGGACCUAAAUGAAGAGGAGACUAUUCUGAUUAUCCGCCGUCUUCACAAAGUUCUUCGCCCGUUCUUGUUGCGCCGAUUAAAAAAAGAAGUGGAGGCACAACUUCCAGAGAAGGUGGAGUAUGUCAUCAAGUGCGACAUGUCGUCCCUCCAGAGAGUUCUGUACAGACACAUGCAGGCCAAGGGCGUCCUGCUCACAGACGGAUCUGAGAAAGACAAGAAGGGCAAAGGGGGCACAAAGACUCUAAUGAACACCAUUAUGCAGCUGCGGAAGAUUUGUAACCACCCAUAUAUGUUCCAGCAGAUAGAGGAGUCUUUUUCUGAGCAUUUAGGAUUCUCAGGUGGAAUAGUCCAGGGGGCUGACCUGUACCGCGCUUCUGGAAAGUUUGAAGUGUUAGAUCGUAUCCUGCCCAAACUCAGAGCCACAAACCACAAGGUGCUGCUCUUCUGUCAGAUGACCACUCUGAUGACCAUCAUGGAGGACUACUUUGCAUAUCGCACCUUCAAGUAUCUGCGCCUAGAUGGAACCACAAAGGCUGAAGACAGAGGAAUGCUGCUGAAGACAUUUAAUGACCCAGAGUGCGAGUACUUCAUCUUCCUCCUCAGUACCAGAGCAGGAGGCCUGGGCCUCAACCUGCAGUCUGCCGACACUGUCAUUAUAUUUGACUCAGACUGGAACCCUCACCAGGAUCUGCAGGCCCAGGACCGGGCCCACAGAAUUGGUCAACAAAACGAGGUGCGUGUCCUGCGCCUCUGCACUAUCAACAGUGUGGAGGAAAAGAUUUUAGCUGCUGCCAAAUACAAACUGAACGUGGACCAGAAGGUGAUCCAGGCUGGCAUGUUCGAUCAGAAGUCCUCCAGCCACGAGCGGAGAGCCUUUCUGCAAGCCAUUCUGGAGCAUGAGGAACAAGACGAGGUCUGGGGUCAGGAACAGUGUCUCCGCAUAAAUGAGGAAGAUGAAGUGCCAGAUGAUGAGACCGUCAACCAGAUGAUUGCGAGGAGCGAGGAGGAAUUUGAUUUAUUUAUGCGCAUGGAUCUUGACCGGCGCCGAGAAGAAGCCCGUAAUCCUCGCCGUAAACCGCGUCUGAUGGAGGAAGACGAGCUCCCCACCUGGAUCAUGAAGGACGACGCAGAGGUGGAGCGCCUGACCUACGAGGAAGAGGAGGAGAAGAUGUUUGGCCGGGGGUCCAGGCAGCGGAAAGAAGUUGACUACAGUGACUCACUGACUGAAAAACAGUGGCUCAAGGCAAUAGAGGAAGGCACCUUAGACGAAGUGGAGGACGACGUAAAACAUAAAAAACCAACACGCAAAAGGAAGAGGGAGCAUGACCCGGAUCUGUCUGGACCCUCAUCCUCCGGGAGCCGCGGCCGCGGGGAUGAUGACUGUAAGCGGCAGAGGAGGAGAGGGAGACCUCCUGUUGAAAAGCUCUCUCCAAAUCCUCCAGCUCUCACCAAGAAGAUGAAGAAGAUUGUAGACGCGGUCAUCAAGUACAAAGACAGUGCGAGCGGGAGGCAGCUGAGUGAAGUAUUUAUCCAACUUCCGUCUCGGAAAGAGUUGCCAGAGUACUAUGAACUUAUUCGCAAACCUGUGGAUUUCAGAAAGAUCAAGGAGAGGAUCAAGGGCCAUCGAUACCGCACUCUGGCCGACCUGGAGAGAGACGUCAUGCUCCUGUUUCAAAAUGCUCAAACCUUUAAUCUGGAGGGCUCACUCAUUUACGAAGACUCGAUUGUCCUUCAGUCAGUGUAUACAAGUCUGAGGCAGAAGAUCGAGAAGGAGGAGGACAGUGAGGGAGAGUACAGCGAGGAAGAUGACGAUGACCAAGACGAAGGAUCUGAAUCUGAAACUCGUUCAGUCAAAGUGAAGAUCCGCUUGGGGAGGAAAGACAAAGGCAGUGACAAAGGAAAAGGACGCAGUCGACGACCUGGGCGAACUCGAGCCAAACCAGUGGUGAGCGAUGAUGACUCUGAUGAAGAGCAAGAGGAGGAGCGGAGCCCCAGUGCCACUGAAGAUGAGACUUAG